UCUACAUCAUAUUGCACCAUUUUUCUUUCACUAGUUAAUUAAAUAACCAUUUCCUUUUUGAUCUUCUUUGAUUUUACAUAUACAGAGAUCAGAGAUCAUAGGAUCAUGGGGGACUCUUCUUCUGCCUCAUACAUACACUUGGUGCAGCACCUGAUAGAGAAGUGUCUGAUUUUCCGCAUGACUAAAGAAGAGUGCAUGGAAGCCCUUUCAAAACAUGCAAACAUCAAGCCUGUCAUCACCUCCACUGUGUGGAAUGAACUGGAGAAAGAAAACAAAGAAUUCUUUGAGGCUUAUGCUGAAUCAAAGAGCAAAGAAGACCGAAUGUCCGAGGAAGAGACAAGCCAAAUGAUCCAGAAGAUGAUAUCGGAUUCGUCCAAAGACUCCGACGAUUAACAUGCCAUCUGAAAACGAUAUUACUUUUGGGUUCUGGUUGGUAGUUGAUCAGUACCUCAAAAAUUCUUAACAUCCAGCCAAACACAAAAGUAUUUAAGACAAUUCUAGUGUCACAGUGGUCCCAAAAUCCCCCAUGGCCUAUAUAUAUAAUAUAUGCAUAUAUGUAAUUUAAUGUUAUGGAAUUAUGUGGGAGAUCAGUACGGACAAUUUGCAGGAAUCUUCAAGCAGUAACCAUCACAACCAUGCCACAUUACCUUAUUACUGCCAAUAUUGUCUAGCUAGCUAGCUAGGUACGUAUAUACAAAUGUAUUUUUUGCUUUACAUUAAGCUGAAUAUAUAUUUGUACGAUGUGUGUUGGGGGAUUUGUAAUU